AUGCUCGACCGCCUGGGCCAGCUGUACAACAAGGACGGGCUGAUUGAGUACCUGCUGCGCCGCUCGAAGCACACGGCCACCGAGGCCGAGAACCUGGCCGCGCGGCACAUUCGCGGCCUCAAGGACGUGCGCGCCGUGACGCUCGCGCCGAAUCCGGUGCGCGAGGCCGAGCGGGGCGAGGCGCUGUACUACCCCUAUGCGUGUCCGCUCACGCAGCGCCCGAUGAAUGGGAAGAACAAGUUCGUGGCGCUAUGGACGUGCGGCGAGGUCGGCCUGCGCGAGACGGCGUUCCCCGGCGCGCCCCGGAAGGAGGUCGCGACGCCGACGCCGUGCCCCCAGUGCGGCGUGCCGUUCCAGCCGGCCGCCCUCUGGCGCGCGGCGCCCACGGUCGAGGACGACGUCGUGGCGCUGUACCCGCCGCCCGAGACCCAGCGCGCGCUGCGCGAGCAGCUGGCCGCGCAGCGCAAGAAGCGCAAGUCGGCGUCGUCGGACGCAGACACGCCGAAGCGCGCGCCGGCGUCGACGGACGCGGCCGCGCCGAAGCGCGCGCGCCCCGAGGGCCUCCUGUAG